CCUCCUCGCCCUCCCGGCUUCCCACCACGGCCGCUCUCGGUGAGGAAACUCUGGCCUCCGCUUCCUCCUCCUCCGACUCGGACACCGGCGGAGCCUCCCCGCCCCCGCGGAAGAAAGCCCGGGCCUCCCCGGCGGCGGCGGUGGAGGGAGCAGGAGAGCCCGGGGCUUCCGCGGGCAGAGCAGGCCUCACCUCGUCCCAGUCCCUCUCGCUCCCCGCCGGGCUCGCCCCCGCCGCCGCCCCGCUCAGAGGCAGUAGCAGCGGCAGCGGCGUCAGCAGCGCCAUGCAGGCCAACGGGGCAGGAGGGGGCCAACAACAGCAGCAGCAGCCGUCGCAAGGGCCGGUGAACCCGGAGCUGGGCUGCCUGAGUGCCCAGAACGGCGAGGCCUCGGCAGGCACAGCCGCCAGCGACCAGCUGGCUCACGCCAACGGGCUGCUGCCCUCGGCUAACAGCGGCGGCGGCAGUCCCGGCGGCCUCAGUGUCAACAACGGGGUGCCCGCCGCCGGGGUCCCCGGCCCGGCCUCCGCUGAGCUGGGGGGCGGUGGCGGCAGCGCCCUGAAGAAGAAGAAGCGGCUUUCGCAGUCUGACGAGGACGUGAUCCGGCUGAUCGGGCAGCACCUCCACAGCCUGGGCCUCAACCAGACUGUUGAUCUCCUCAUGCAAGAGUCAGGAUGUCGUUUAGAACAUCCUUCUGCUACCAAAUUCCGCAAUCAUGUCAUGGAAGGAGAAUGGGAUAAGGCUGAGAACGACCUGAAUGAACUUAAGGCCUUAGUGCAUUCUCCGCAUGCAAUUGUGAGGAUGAAGUUUUUGCUGCUGCAGCAGAAGUACCUGGAAUACCUGGAGGAUGGCAAGGUCCUGGAGGCACUUCAAGUUCUACGCUGUGAACUGACGCCUCUGAAAUAUAAUACAGAACGCAUUCAUGUCCUCAGUGGGUAUCUGAUGUGCAGCCAUGCAGAAGACUUGCGUGCAAAAGCAGAGUGGGAAGGGAAAGGAACAGCUUCCAGAUCUAAACUUUUGGACAAACUCCAGACAUACCUACCCCCGUCAGUGAUGCUUCCUCCAAGACGUUUACAGAACCUGCUGCGUCAGGCUGUGGAACUACAACGGGACCGAUGCCUGUAUCACAAUACAAAACUAGAUAGCAAUCUAGAUUCUGUCUCGCUGCUAAUAGAUCAUGUUUGUAGUAGGAAACAGUUCCCAUGCUAUACACAGCAGAUACUAACGGAGCAUUGUAAUGAAGUGUGGUUCUGUAAAUUCUCCAAUGAUGGCACUAAACUAGCAACAGGAUCUAAGGACACAACUGUUAUUAUAUGGCAGGUUGAUCCAGAUACUCACCAGCUAAAACUACUUAAGACGUUAGAAGGUCAUGCGUAUGGUGUCUCUUAUAUUGCUUGGAGUCCAGAUGACAACUAUCUUGUUGCCUGUGGCCCAGAUGAUUGUUCUGAGCUUUGGCUCUGGAAUGUACAAACUGGGGAGCUGAGGACAAAGAUGAGCCAGUCUCAUGAAGACAGUUUAACAAGCGUGGCCUGGAAUCCUGAUGGGAAGCGUUUUGUAACGGGAGGUCAGCGUGGGCAGUUCUAUCAGUGUGAUUUAGAUGGUAAUCUCCUUGACUCCUGGGAAGGGGUGAGAGUGCAAUGCCUUUGGUGCUUGAGUGAUGGGAAGACUGUUCUAGCAUCGGACACACACCAGCGAAUUCGGGGUUAUAACUUUGAGGAUCUUACAGACAGGAACAUAGUACAAGAAGAUCACCCUAUUAUGUCAUUUACUAUUUCAAAAAAUGGCCGUUUAGCUUUGUUAAAUGUAGCAACUCAGGGAGUUCACUUAUGGGACUUACAAGACAGAGUUUUAGUGAGAAAGUAUCAAGGUGUUACACAAGGGUUUUACACAAUUCACUCGUGUUUUGGUGGUCAUAAUGAAGAUUUCAUCGCAAGUGGCAGUGAAGAUCACAAAGUAUAUAUUUGGCACAAGCGUAGCGAGCUGCCCAUUGCGGAGCUGACAGGGCACACGCGUACUGUUAACUGUGUGAGCUGGAACCCGCAGAUCCCAUCCAUGAUGGCCAGCGCCUCUGAUGAUGGCACUGUUAGAAUAUGGGGACCAGCGCCUUUUGUAGACAACCAGGAUAUUGAAGAGGAAUGCAGUAGCAUGGAUAGUUGAUGGCGAAUUUGGAGCAGACGACUUCAGUUUAACUUAAUUAGUCGUAUUUUAAAUGGCUUGGGAUUUGGUGCAAACAAACAUGAUUGAUAGCUGGACAGACAUGCUCGUCAUGAAAAAGAACCAUUUCUGAAGCCCGGUUGGGGCCAAACAUUUACCACCUUGCUUCAUAGUAACCAGUCGAGAUGAAGCACGUCCUUAGAACGUUGUCGGACACCGUGUUGAAAUUACCCCCCCAUCGGUUGUGAAGAACUGUGCUACAUUCAGGCUAACCAUUGAACUCAGUAUAUAUAUUUUUCCCUCCUGCCUUUUUGUCUGGCAGGCUACUGUUCUUGUUGCUCUUCUGUGUAAUGAAGUUUAAAUGCUUGUUUGGAACACUUUAUUUAACAGUUUAGAAGGCUUGAUAGAAAGAGUGCUUUAGUCUGAAGAGUAUACAUUGGAUAGGAAGGUAUUUCCUUCUCUUGUUUCUCAAGUCUCUCUCCGCCUUACUUAGCUUGAGAUCUUUGCAGCUUGGUUCAUGGAUUCUAGCCUUGCCCGUUGCGCAGUAUAUUAUAAAUUGAGAUGAUAAACCAAUGAACUAUGUCAAAAGCACUCUCAGUAUCACAUUUGACAAAAAGUUUUGUACUUUUCACAUAGCUCGUUGCCCUGCAAAGGGGUUAACAGCACAAUUUUUUAAAAAUAAAUUAUUUAUAGGAUUAAAAUGACUUCAUUUGUAUACACUUGGAAUUAAAAAACAAUGCAAGCAAUGUCGUGAAACACGGUAUCACCGAUGCUUUUCCAGAGUGUCUUGAGACCCAAUCAAAAGCAGUGGCUGGAAGGAGCUCUGCAUAGGCAGUGAAGCUUGUUUUAGAUAGAGGAACUCACUGUCCAGCUUAACAGAGAAACUGUUAUUUAGGAGAAGGUGUUCAGAGUGCACCACCAGACUUAAGAGUUUAAACAAGACAAGGUCUUUUUGGAUUCUUUUAAAGACAUAAAUAUGUGCAACAAUGCUGGUGUAAAAGGUAGAUUGCACCUCAAGGGAAGAAUGUGUUGUUGGAAGAGUCCUUUCAUCACAAAGGAAAUCUUUUGUAAAAGUAAUUAACAUACAAAUCAUAAUUAAACACUUGUAUUAUGAUGACAUUAUUAAACACUUGUGUUAUGAUGGCAUUUUUUCCUUCUUUGGUAAAUGAAGGUGUAUAGAUUUUCUUUCUGAGAACAUACUCUUUAAGUUUCCAGAUUGAAAUGCCUCUUCCAGACCUUGUUGCAAGCUGGUGCUUUGAACAUCUUGACACAUCUAGGAGUAGCUCCACUAAUAGCCUGUCUUAAGAAGGGAGAAAGUCAUUCAUGAUUUGUUAUUCUUUUGGACAUAAACAGAUGGCCUGGCAUCACUGUGCUUUUGCAUACACACAAGUUCAUUAUGGGAUGGCACUGGAUUCCCUUUUGCCACCUUGGGUGGAAAAGUAGUGUUGGUACUGCUGUGAAGUGAAGAGGGUGCAGGGAAAGGCACACCACUGGGUGCUGGUGUGAACAGAAGUGUGGACUUCAUCCUUUAAUGAAAGAAUAAUCUAGUGUCCUUAUUAGUCAUGUGUGGAAGAAGGAUGGGGGAAAGUUUGGUGGAGUUCAAGGACAGGGAAGUGCAGCCACUUUAAGUGGGAAUGCGGUGCUUAACAUAAAUGGUCCCUUUUUUCUUUCGCGGAAGAACAAAGUGAUGCUCGAAGGUUAGAUCUUUAAAUUUGUGGGGUUUUAAGAUUCCAGCCAUCAGGUGGUGGGGUUUUUUUCUUGCCUUGUUUGUAAAUUUAAACAGGAUUUAAGUUUCUGAAACUCUGGUUGAGACCAGCCUUGAACCUGACCUCCUGGUACCUGCAAAAUGAAGUAGGAACUUCAUAUUCUUACCUUCAAUCUAGUACAUUUGUCUUAAGGUGAAUUUCUGUGAUAGCAAUUACUGUGCCACCGAACUGGGCAUACAUGUGUAAAUGUAAGACUACAAAUCAGUUGCUUCUUCCAUUAGUUAGUUCUGGAGGAAGCUGUUUGUCUUCCUAGUUCGGACAGUGUAAGAUUAUCAGUCUAGCUCCUGUGGCAUCAAUGUUGCAGGGAAACAGACAGCUUCCAAAGGUCAAAUUGAAUACCUAAACUGUAACUAACCAGUGUUUUCUAUGUUCAAACCACAGUAUAAUUCAUAAGCAAUGCCAGUAUGUGUAUCUUUGGAAGUCCUGCUUGUGUUGUCCUUCUCUGAGCUUAUGUUUUCAAACAAAAUAUUAUUUAGGGAAAGGGAAUAAUCCUACAUUUGAUGCCUCUAAGGUCUCCUACAAAGGUCUGGCACCACUUCCUUCAUAUUCACGGGACUAAAGUGGGAACAUUAGGCAGGUGCUGAAGCCUGGAUCAAAUCUCAAGGUCAGAUUUAAAAUCCCUUAUGUACUUUAAAGGGCAUUUUGAAGGUGGUGGGCAUAGCUAAACAAAGUGAGACUCCUCACCUGAUACCAGCUGUGGGGAGGGCAUCUGAGCUCAGGCCUGCAAAGCAUUGCCAGCAGAAACUUAAACCUGGUCGUUUUGCCAAAAUGCUGCCCCUCCAUUCUGGGGUUUCUCACCCAGACUUGGUUUGUGCCUCUAAAAUACACUUCAGGUAUGUAAGAAUCAGAGUUAGGGAGAAGCACAUGUUCUGGAGUCUCUGCUUUAGUUCUAAAUAUGCUUCAUAUAGACAGUACUGCUGUUUCCAAAGUGUCUGGGUAGCAGCACCUGGCAGAGCUGCCUGCUUCUCACAGGUGAUAAGCAGAGAUGAGACAAUGGUGAGAGUUCAUUUCACCACACUACUUGGGCAAGCAGUAAACUGACAUUACAGAUGUAGCAAUAACAACUACCAACCUGCAGGUUAAAGAGGAACUGAAUCUAUUUCUACCAUAUCACCUAUUCAUGGUGUGUGAAAUGAAAAGUACCUAUACUUUUUUGUGCACAGACUAUGAGACUCUCUGAGUGGGGAAAAAACAAAUUAAGUUUGCUCAUUUGCAACAUGUUGAUUUCCAUGUGCUUAAAAAUGUUCAUAGAGCUGGAAUCUUAAGGCUGCAACAAGUACACACCUGCAAUAAAUGACUGUUUCUAGUCAACAGACCUAUGGUGUGAGAGAGGAAAAUACUGUGAGUGUACUCCUUCUGGAACUUUCUGUGGUCAGCUGUUGGUUUAAAUCACAGUAGUCCCAGGUUGUUGUCAAGGCAGAGCCUCAAAAACAAGAUGCUGAAGCAUUGUAUUGUCUGAACGUUCUUUAGCUGUUCAGGUAAGUAACUUUCAAGGCACAGUGGAGCACAAAAGGGAAAAUGUUAGAUCUGUCCUUGGUUUGGAAGGGAGGGUAAUGGGGGGGAAAUGACACCUUUGAUUUUAAAUACCCUCUUGCCUUUUCUGAAGUUCUCCAGCUUUGAGAUUUAACCUCAUUUCAUGAUUAGAGCAAAGAUGCAAGCUAGGAAUCUAUCCAGAUUUUGCCAGUUACUUCUCAACUUGGCUUCAAACAGGUAAUGCUUAAUACAAGUUAAUAUGCCAUUGGGAGUUUAUGUCUAGUUGUGUACUUUUACACUGCUAAGUGAUACUCCCACCCAAACCCCAUUCUGAUGGUUUCCGUAGCAGGACACCAGGACUCCUACAAUUAGCCAUAGUUUAAGGAGAGAUGUAGACCCCAAGGGGGAUGGAAGCAGAGAAAGAGGAAUGGGCGUAAGAAGCAGGAUUUACUGACCAACAAACUACUGUAACUCAAAAGGGGAGGAGGAAAAAUGCACUUUCAAUAGUUGGUCUGUAGUUUAGCUGUAAAAUACACUCAUGUCUAAUUUUUGAGACAACUAUUAAAGAGGAAUGCCCAUCCCAUAAAUGGCUGAUCCUCCUUUUGACCUCCUCCUGUGUUUUCCACAUAGGCUUGAGUCUGUUUUCAGUGGCCAUACUUCAAAACUGCUACUUUAAAUGGUGUUUAGAAAGAAAAAAAAAGAAGAAAACCAUUAACUCUGACACUUUUUUAAACAGGGUGGACUUGAAUGAAGUGUGCAGUGUUGAACUCCUGCUGCAGUAGCUGCCUCGUAGUUGUCAAACUGUAGACAAGUUUUCUGUCUAUUAAUCCAGGUAAUCUGGAUUCAAACAUCUGUGAGUGUGUUGCUCCCACCUGGUAUGAAUGUGUGUGUGCAUGUGUUCCUCAGACAGAGAACCAAAUGUUCUAGGUACUCAUGUUUUCUUGCAUACUCUUAAGUCGUGUGUAUGUGAAGUGUCCUUUGAGCAGAAGGUUUUGGUUAAUAUCAGUAUAUUUUUAUACAUCUGAAAUUUCUUGUGCCCCAUCUCUUUUUAUUUUCUUCACCAUUUCUCAUCGUUAGGGUCUAUGUGCUUAGAUCGGAAUCUUAACAUUUUUAGGCACAGAUGGAAAAAGUUAUUGGCUCCUUGAAAACACAUGGGACAAAAUGGAUCCUCAAAGCAUGUAUGUACUUACAAACCAAGCUGUAGAGAUCAAGACGAGAACUUUAUUGUUGAUCUCAAGAUUUCUAAAUUGUCGAGAUUUAUAUGGAGUUGUGGUGGAACUAGUUAACACUUAGAGCUUUUGGUAUGUAAUGACUAUUUGCUAUGGACUGAUAUUAAAUGUUUCAAAGGAUUGCGUUCUUAAACUUUCUGGAUUUUUUGUUACUCUCCUCGGAUUAUAUUAAGUAGUUAUCAAGAUUUCUUUGCUAUAUUACAUUAAAAACAUAAGAACUUUGGGUCUCGUAUUUAUUUUCACUUGUUUCACUAAUUAUUUACAGAACACCGUUUUAACUUUUUUUUAUUUUAUAAAUGUGUAGUCUUUUAAACAUAUCUUUAAAGAUUGUUCAAUUGGAACGACAUUACCUUUGAGUUGUUUUUAUUAGGGUUUUUAAAAGACAACAAGAUUACACUUUUUCCAUGUUGGUGCACAGCACUGAACAGAAAUGUUUGUAUUCCCUUUCUUUCAAUUCAAUAAACAGAAUAAAUAACUGGAA